CCAGAGGUUCUCGCGACGUCAGAAAAGCUGGCGCUCUCCACAGAGACGCGCAAGCACAGCUCUGUGGUUUAUAGAAGCAACUCCACACACCGCUAGUUCCCGCUUUUACUGGUUGUUUCUUGUUUUAGAUUACAUGGUUUUCACCGUAGACGCUUCUAACGUUUUUCUCUUUCGUUCGCUUUAGGAAUGAUCUGUUGAUUUUCAUUGCGAUGGCACUUGUACGUGAGGUGAACGAUUAGUUUAUAUGGGGAAUGGGGAAUCAGAGCUCAUCUGAUUUCUCUCACAUGUAGGCGUUUUUAAAGCGAACGACGCGUGAUAGGCUACAGAUCUUGUCUGCUUUUCUUAUAAAAUAAUCAGAUACAUCGCUUGCUCCACCGGUUUGUUCGGUCACAUUGCACCGUAACAUGAAGCUUAAACAGUAGACAUUUUUUAGAAAAACAUCAAAUUUGGAUAUGGAGUCCGUCAAGAUGAGAGCCAAAGAGGGGAUAAAGGAAUUUGGGGCGAAGACCCUGGGACAGAUGUACAAGGUGAUGGAGAAGCGACAGGGAACUGGUGAAGUUAUCGAACUAACAGAGGACGGCAGGCCCUCUGGGGCCCAGGAGAAGAAAGCACCCCUGUGCGACUGCACGUGUUUUGGGCUGCCCCGCCGAUACAUCAUCGCCAUCAUGAGCGGUCUAGGCUUCUGUAUCUCCUUCGGCAUCCGAUGCAAUCUGGGCGUGGCCAUCGUGGGAAUGGUCAACAACAGCACGAUUCACAAAGAUGGGAAGAUCAUCAUCACAGAGAAAGCAAAGUUCAACUGGGACCCAGAGACAGUCGGUAUGAUCCAUGGUUCGUUUUUCUGGGGCUAUAUAGUGACGCAGAUCCCAGGAGGGUAUAUAUGCUCGAGACUGGCAGCUAACAGGGUUUUCGGUCUUGCCAUUUUCCUUACCUCGACGCUUAAUAUGUUUAUCCCCUCGGCGGCACGGACGCAUUAUGGACUGGUCAUCUUUGUGAGGAUAUUGCAAGGGCUGGUGGAGGGAGUGACCUACCCAGCCUGCCAUGGGAUCUGGAGUAAGUGGGCUCCUCCUCUGGAGAGGAGUCGCCUGGCCACCACCUCCUUCUGUGGUUCAUAUGCUGGUGCUGUCAUUGCCAUGCCUCUAGCAGGGAUCUUGGUGCAGUACUCAGGCUGGUCCUCUGUGUUCUAUCUCUAUGGGUGCUUUGGGAUCUUCUGGUAUAUGUUCUGGAUCCUUGUGUCGUAUGAAAGUCCUGCUGUGCACCCUACCAUCACCCAGGAGGAACGAGUCUACAUAGAGGAGAGCAUCGGGGAGAGUGCCAAGCUCAUGGGCCCUGCUGAGAAAUUUAAGACCCCCUGGAAAAAGUUCUUCACCUCCAUGCCUGUCUAUGCAAUCAUCGUGGCCAACUUCUGCAGAAGCUGGACCUUCUACCUACUGCUUAUCAGUCAGCCGGCCUACUUUGAGGAGGUGUUUGGGUUUGAGAUAAGCAAGGUUGGCAUGGUGUCUGCCCUGCCCCACUUGGUGAUGACAAUCAUUGUGCCCAUUGGAGGGCAGUUGGCUGACUACCUACGCAGCAGGAACAUCCUAUCUACCACUACAGUCAGGAAGAUCAUGAACUGUGGAGGGUUUGGCAUGGAGGCUACGCUGCUGCUGGUAGUGGGAUUUUCCCACACCAAAGGGGUGGCUAUUUCCUUCCUGGUCCUUGCUGUGGGCUUCAGUGGAUUUGCCAUAUCAGGAUUCAACGUCAAUCACUUAGACAUUGCUCCACGCUAUGCCAGUAUCCUUAUGGGCAUAUCCAAUGGUGUGGGCACCCUGUCUGGCAUGGUAUGCCCAUUGAUCGUAGGUGCCAUGACAAAAAACAAGACUCGAGAAGAGUGGCAGUGGGUGUUCCUCAUCGCUGCUCUGGUUCACUACGGGGGAGUCAUCUUCUAUGGCAUCUUUGCCUCUGGAGAGAAGCAGCCAUGGGCCGACCCAGAGCUGACCAGCGAUGAGAAGUGUGGCUUCAUCGAUGAGGAUGAGCUGGCAGAGGAGACGGGCGACAUCACCCAGAGUUACGGUGCCCUGGGCGGCGGUCCGGCCAAAACGUACGGUGCCACUACGCAGAACGGGGGCUGGGCUGACAGCUGGGAUAAGAAGGAGGAGUUUGUCCAGGAAGAGGCAGAGGGAGGGCCGUAUGGCUACAGGCAGGACCAGGACUACUCCUAGAGACAGGAGACUCACUGACCAUCAAACGGUAGACUUAUUUUGUAUUGUUUACCAGUUUAGACGAAACGAGUCAAAAACCAAACAAAAAAGAUCACAAUCCAUUGUUGUAUGUUUGCACAAAUUCAAAUCAUUAAUUCUAAAGAUAAAAUUUGUUCAAAAGAUGAUUUUAUUGUACAAAUAAAAUAAAAUAUAGAGAUGUAGCAAAUCAAAUUACCAGAUCUAUUUGUAAACGUAAUAUGCAUAUAAAUUAUAGAUAUAUUUAUUUGGAGUGCAAUUGUGUGUAAGUGUGAACCAUUUCCACCUCAUCAAUCUGAGCUUCUUCAUUCUGGAGAUGCCUGUUAUGUACGAUCAGACAAGAUUUAACUGGCUUCCUGGAUCAUCAUGCCUAACUGGUUCUUAUUACAACUCCUCAUGAGCCAGCCAUUACAGUGUAAAAGAAACAUGUCACUGUUAAAAGGGGACUUAACCAGGAAUGAGACUGUAUGUCUUAGGUUGUACAGUAUCUCUUCUGAAUGCACUGAAAGUAGUGUCCUUUCAAUGCAUAAUAUCAUUUUCUUUUUUUAUUAUGUGUUUGUAUAACUGUCUUUAACACAGAGGCUGAAAGAUACAAUAAUGUUUUGAAGAACGACAUAACACUUUCGCUAGUUGAUGUAAAAGUCUUAAGAUGCAUGAAAGAAGAAAUAAUGACGAAGCGUUGCUCACGUGUUUACUGUGCCAUUUUGAGAGCUUGGGACUAUACGGUUCUAUCUGCAUUUUGAGAGCUUGGGACUAUACGGUUCUAUCUGCAUUUUGAGAGCUUGGGACUAUACUGUUCUAUCUGCAUUUUGAGAGCUUGGGACUAUACGGUUCUAUCUGCAUUUUGAGAGCUUGGGACCUUACGGUUCUAUCUGCAUUUCUUUCAAAAUGAAGUUAGUGACAUAGCCUUGUUCUGUUCAAUGUUCUCUACCUAUAUACCCCAAUUCAAGUUGUUAAGUUCAAAAGAAUGCAAGAUAAAAAUAGCGGACACCAUUCAAACCAAUGAGGGUUCGGAACUUUCAAGCCAAUUAUCUGUAAUGAACACGACAGAGAGCUGGUUUCAAGUGCAGGGGGCAGCAGGUGUUUAUUGCAAAGGACCACAGUAGGAGGCAGGUAGCUGGGUCCAGGGACAGGCAGAAGGUUAUACACAGGGGGUCCAACAAGGCAACAUUACAGGCAGGGAAAAGGCUAGUAACGUCGUCUGGGAGAUCAGGCAAAAGGUUGAUAACAGGAAAUCCGAUAGGCUAAAGUACAGGCAGGGAAUAAGCAAAAGGCAUCGUUAGUGAGGCAGGCCAAAACUAUCAUACACGGGAGGAUUACAUUAUGGGAAAACAGCGCUCCCAAUAGAAGUGUGUCACAAAACAAACAAUACCUCACAAUGAUGGGGUGCAAAGAACUGAACUAAAUAGUGUGUGAUAACGACAUACGGGUGAUCAGAAUUCAGGUGAUUGGGAUCUGGAGAGUGAGCUUCGUUCAGGGGAUCUAUGUGUUUGAGAGCGUGAGUUGGAAGCAGACAUUACAUUAUCUAAGAAUCAUCUUUUUGCAGAUAGAACCUUAUAGUCCCAAGCUCUCGAUUUCAUGCCUAUAACAAUGUUACAUCUAUAAAUGUUUAUGAUUGGAGGUUACAAACAUUCAUAACUCGGUUAUGUAAUUCUUAUGAUCGUUAUGUCCGUUUUAUUGUCUGGUCAAUUCAAGUCAUUUCAAUGAGAUUUGUUGUUGUUCAAAGGUAAAUGUUUGUCUGAGGUGACUAAAGAAAUAGAACAUGGACAAUAUAAAGAAAUGCUGGCCGGCACUAUCAAGGGCCUGUGCAAUGCAGAAAAGACCAGCCAGCCGAUCCAGAAGUAGCCAAUCAGUAUAUCUACUGUACAGACAGUCUGUCAGCAGGAGAUAUGUUUUGCUAAUGAAAAGGAAACAUUUUUAGACUGGGAUAGUGACCCAGAUAGACAAUGUUGUUAAAGAAAACUAUACCUUGCAGUCCAGGAGGACAAUUAGCCAAGUUGGUGAUUGAGAUUCAUAUUACGUCUACUUGUAAAAACAUUAGAGCAUUACAGAAUUUAAAAAAACAUGACAGUAUAGCUGUUACUGCCUAUGUAAUGUAUGUCACAUUGAACGUUUACCAUUCCUUAAAGAGUAGGUAGACAAUCAAAAGAGCAGCAAGACAUGAUUUAGCCAGUGUGUAUAGAGUGGGAAUGACCAGUGUAGAGAUACUGGGUUCCAGUCAAUGAUUUAUAUAUACACUCGAUGACUGACAUCGGCCUUGUUUAGAAGCCACCGUGCCUCCAUCUUGGCACUCCCGCACAUUGUAAAUAAUAAUUUUGGAAGCUAUAGAAAUUCAUGUAUUAUUGUCUACAUUUGUUUUUGCCAUGUUUAUUCUAUUACAGAACAUUUAAUGAGUAAUUUUAAACUAUAUUAUGUGAGCUAAACAUUUUAAAAAAUAUAUAUAUAUAUUAAAACAUUUUCCUUAAAAGUAUAAUGUUUUGAAAGUUCUAACGUUACUGUCCCCAAUACAACAACAAAAAAUACUUAAAUACAUUACAUUUUGGCCUAUAAACAUUUCAUUAAAAUACUGUAGAAUUCCAUUCAUUCCAAUGGAGGACUGCUCCUACUGGAGAGUGCCAAUAUGGCUGACCGAUGGCUUCAAAGCCUCUCAUUGGCCAAUACAUAGCAUCAGCAAUCCAGGGUUUAAAUACACCACUGGUUUCAGUAGCGUGUCAGGGACCUAAACCUGCUUUUCACUGUCUGUCUGUGGAGACCUAAAGUCAGCACUUCACAAUGUAUUUAUGGAAAUGUAUUUAUGCAUGGAACAAAGCCGUAGACUAAAUGUUUGAACUUUUUAAUUCUUUCACAAAAUGUAUUUUGUCUCUCAAACUGUUACUAAUGUGUCAAUUUCUUUGCACAAUUAACCAAAGGUAACGUGUCAAGCUGGGUUUGAACAGGAGGGCUAUAUACUAAGGGAAUUGCUGGACAUUGCAUGGCCUCUGUAGGCCUCUCCAGGUGGCGCUAACCAUACUCAGUGUACAAAGCAAUAAAUCCAUGGUAACAGUUGUUGUCAACCAUUGAAAAAUGUAAAACACUAGCAUAUGUAACUAGAGCGUUUCUUUUACGUUUCAAGCUGUGUUUUUUGUGAUAUCAAAUAUAGAAAAGAACAAACACAAGUACUUGUAACAAUAAAACCUAUGUAGUUAGAGUCCUCCACACAGCUCUUUGACAUGCUGAUAAUGCAGGGAGUUUGUGAGGGGACUGCUCACCAGAAGAGAAUGAUACCCUGGGCCAUUCCCGUGACAUGGAUGAUGUCUAUCUCCAUAGCUCUAUGGUUCCACUCCUGUUGGUGUCUGCUCAUCCGUUGUUCUGUACAGUUUCCAGUCCUUCUCCAUAUCUCUAUGGUUCCACUCCUGUUGGUGUCUGCGCAUCCGUUGUUCUGUACAGUUUCCAGUGGUCGUUUUGGAGGGUGUGCUAUUGUUCAGUUUUUUUUCUCUCUCUCUCUCUAAACCCUGUUGGUUUGAUUGAUGUGUGUUCUGCCAGUGGCUGGACCCCUAUUGCCCCCUUAACCAUCUGUCUCUAACCACCUAAACCCCUUUAAUUGUUGCAAUAUUCAAUGACGUGAAGAUUGUCUGUAAAGGUGAUCUAACAUUUACAGAAAUGGCAGAUGUAUAACAUGAAGUAACGGUACCUUCUUCCUGUUUUGUGCCUCUGAGUGAAGUUAGUGUGAUUCUAUGGCUUAUUUUGCUGUGUCAAUGGAGAGAUUUGUUGAUGUCAAAAUGAAAUGCUCUAUAUAUCCAUUUUAUAAAAAAACGAAUGAACAAAACAUAACUUGU